UUCAAACACCCCCUUAGUCGAAAAAUGAGGGGAGGAAUCGCGAAGGGGAGUGGCGAUUGGAGAAAGCGAUCUGCGGAGGGCGAAGGGCGUAGCCAACGACCAACCACCUUACGAAACUCUGUCUCCGAUCACCUUCCAGGAUUCGGCGGGCCUGAUUUGCGAGUUGCAGUGGAGGACCGGCGGACCUAAUCGAGCUGUGCAGAGGAGCACCAGUCUCCUUCUACUCGGUCUACUCCAGUCUCCAGGAAGGGAAUGAGGGAUGCGAUUGAGGCGCCGAUUUGUUAGAGAUGCACUCGAUGGAGGCCUUAACGAGAUCAGGGCAGAUUCAGCCGUCCGCGUUUCAUAUUUGGCUGGAGUGCAGCGAAAAAGCAACAGAGAGGUCGGAUGUUGAGCGACGGGAAUCGUUCUCACCCCAGGCUUCAUGCGCGAUCGCUGGAUCCAGAGACAGAGACACAAGGAUUUCUUCUCCGUCGACCAGUGCAGAUUUCAAACUCGUGCACAGAGGACUGUUGGAAAUCUUAAGUGAUUAUCUUGCAGGCCAGUUCUCAGAGCUAGAUGGUCAACGAGGUCAACUUAGUAGCAACGGUCAACACGUCGAUUUUGGAAAGAUAGAGCCAUCAAGGACAAGGGUUUCUUGGGAGGUGGAGAAUACUGACCGGAAUGUACGUCCCAUUUUCACAAACUCGGGGUUCUCCAUCAAUAACUGGGUUUGAGGUUACGAUUGAAAGCAAAUUAUUUCAAUGUACUGUUAUUGAUUGUAACUUUGUAAGUUUGUAACCUUAUGCGAAUUUCUGAAAUGAAGAAGGGAAUCACAUCUGCCAUUGACCUCGAUUUAGCUAAAGCUAUUUGGUUGAAGAAUUCCAUUCGCAAAAUUUAUCGGGGAAUUUGGGAACUAGGAAGGAAUUGAAUAAAUCUAUUAUCAUGCUCUACGGUGCAAAUUUCUUUGGAGGUUUUAUUCGCAUAUUUGAGAAUGGAAAUGAUAAUUUGUUUAUACCUGAAGGUCGGAAUGGAUUAGGGUUCAGUUGUUUUCUCACAGGAUUUACAAAAUCAAUUGCUUUGAUGAAAGAAAUCAUUGCAAAAAGAACGAUGUAGAUUGAACAAGUUACUAGGGAUGACUUUUCGGUUAAAGCCGAUAGCAACUUUGGGUUGGAGCUUCUGAACUUGGAUCGGGCUUUUCCUUAUUCUGGUGAAAUUAUAUCUUGCAUUUCAAGUGUCUUAAUACAAGCUGAUAUUGAUCAAUUAGUAAAUCAUGCACUAUAUUUGGUUUCUGUUGAGGAUUUUCAAUGCUCGGAUAACACUUGAAGUGCUGUUGUGAUUCGGGAUACUUCAUAGGGGACAUCUACUUUUGAAACCAAGGAGAUAGAUGUGACAGAUAUCAUUGAAACAAAUCCUCUUCGAGUUUGUUUUACACCUCGCACUAAAUCUCUAUUAGUGGACAAAGUGGUUUCUCCUCAAACUGCAAAUUUGGAACCUAAUGCUUUGGGUGGAAAAGAUCUUGAUGUUACGCCUUUUCAAAAGAUACUUUCAGAUCGUGAGCUACUAGACCGUGUUGCUGACACUGAAUGUGACUCAGCCAGUUCUAGAUCGCUACAUCGACGGAGUGCUCGUCUCAAGGCUAAAAAAUUGGCUGGAACAUAUGGUCACUUCUAUCUUUACAGAUUUAGCUUUUGGAUAUUUUGGGUAUUUCAUCUCUUUCAGUCAUCUCAAUACAAUUCGAUGGGGAGCUAAUCGUUUUUGCUUUAGGGAUUUGCAGGGCCUUUGGGAUAGUUCACUUAUUAGUGUUUUUGUUUCUUUCAUCAUCAUUUUGUAUUACUCUUCGUAAUAAAAUUUUAAUAAAUUUUCGCUUAAAAAAAC